UUUUUCUCCCUUGGUAACGGAACCCAGCCCAGCCGGUCCCUCUCUCGCCUUCGCUGGCCGCCGCCCUCUCCUUCCCUUGCCGCCUUUCCGGUUGACCGUCGCCGCUAUGCAGGGGGAGGAUGCUCGGUACCUCAAAAGAAAGGUAAAAGGAGGAAAUAUUGAUGUACAUCCAUCAGAAAAAGCACUUAUAGUUCAUUAUGAAGUGGAAGCUACAAUUCUUGGGGAAAUGGGAGAUCCUAUGUUGGGAGAGCGUAAGGAAUGUCAAAAAAUAUUGAUGAAGUAGCUAAUAUUAAUGACAUGGAUGAAUACAUUGAAUUGCUAUAUGAAGAUAUUCCUGAUAAAGUUCGUGGCUCUGCACUUAUUCUGCAGCUGGCCAGAAAUCCUGAUAAUUUAGAAGAACUCCUCCUUAAUGAAACUGCAUUGGGUGCUUUGGCCAGGGUUCUGCGAGAGGACUGGAAACAAAGUGUAGAACUUGCUACUAAUAUAAUAUAUAUAUUCUUCUGCUUUUCCAGCUUUUCUCAGUUUCAUGGACUGAUUACACACUACAAAAUUGGAGCCCUUUGCAUGAAUAUCAUUGAUCAUGAGCUAAAGAGGCAUGAGCUCUGGCAAGAGGAACUUACCAAGAAGAAGAAAGCUGUUGCUCUUUAUUUGCUGCUAAAUCUUGCUGAGGACACACGGACUGAAUUGAAGAUGAGGAACAAGAAUAUUGUCCAUAUGUUGGUGAAAGCUCUUGACCGAGAUAACUUUGAACUGUUAAUACUGGUUGUGUCAUUUCUGAAGAAACUCAGCAUCUUUAUGGAAAACAAAAAUGAUAUGGUUGAAAUGGAUAUAAUUGACAAACUAGUGAAAAUGAUACCAUGUGAACAUGAAGAUCUUCUGAAUAUUACGCUUAGACUUUUACUGAAUCUUUCCUUUGAUACAGGCUUGAGAAAUAAGAUGGUGCAAGUUGGACUUCUUCCAAAGCUCACUGCAUUGUUAGGAAAUGAAAAUUAUAAACAAGUGGCUAUGUGUAUUCUCUAUCAUAUAAGCAUGGAUGAUCGUUUUAAAUCAAUGUUUGCUUAUACUGACUGUAUACCUCAG